CUUUGACCUAGACGUGGUGAGGCAUUAGUAAGAUUACUUAUCGCGUGUCAGAAAAGAACAUUAGGGUAGAAAAGUUCGUCAGAGUAGAACAAUCUACUGAAUAAUUGAAACUGCGUUCGCCAACGAUCUAAAAAACAGGUUCAAUUUAGCACAUACAUCAUGAAUUACGAAGGAUAUAAUAUGUACCACCCGAAUUCUCCACAGCAAAGCAACUAUUAUAACCCAUCUGAAAUGCAGUUUAGUCAGUUUUCAUACGAAAAUACAAAUCCGACCCCAACACGACCUCUUAAUCUCCCUUUCUCUCAAGCACCGUAUUCAUCCGGUUCAGUUUACAAAGGGCAAGAAGAAGAUUACGAAAAUGAACCACCCUUGUUAGAAGAACUUGGCAUCAAUUUUAGUCAUAUUAUUCAAAAAACAUCAUCUGUCCUACUACCUUUUAAGGAAAGUUCUCAAGAAGUCCUGGAUGAUACGGACUUAGCUGGACCUUUGGUUUUCUGUUUGCUCUUUGGUUGCACUUUACUAUUCGCUGGAAAGAUUCAUUUCAAUUACAUCUAUGGAUUAGGAGUAUUUGGUUGUGUGGGAAUAUAUCUGUUGCUGACACUUAUGACGCCAAGAGGAGUUACUCCGACUUGUGUAGUUUCAACUUUAGGAUAUUGUCUGCUUCCUAUGUGCCUACUUUCAUCAAUCGGUAUUGUCAUGUCUCUCAAGUCAGUAUUAGGCGUUGUAAUGACAAUGGCGGUUGUUUUCUGGUGUACAGUAGCAUCCAGCAAGUUAUUUGUUCGUACUCUCGAUAUGCAAAACCAACGCAUUCUUGUGGCAUAUCCUUGUGCCUUAGUUUACUGUGUGUUUGCGCUUUUAGUUGUAUUCUAACUUAACUUCCUGUUUUUAUUAUUUUUCGCUGGUUAAACACGCUUGUAUUGCGAGUAUCUGGUGAUAAAAAGUAAUACUGAUCUGUGGGUUCCAUCCAUAUAGUGUGAAGCAUGUAAAGUCGAUGGCUGGUAAAGAUACUGUCAUUGAUAUAUUUCUCAUUUCGCUAUAUACUCAACCUGUAAAGAUUAAUUUGAGUGUCAAUAUAUUUCUUAAUUAAAUCUACUUCUCUGAUUAAUAAAAUUAGGCCAAGGCAUUAGUAAUGGCGGUA